AUGCAAGUCCUUUGGUUACUCCCCAUUGUACACUUGGGCAUCUGCUACGCCCAGCAACCGGAGCCCCAACUGCAAGGUGCAGCUGAUGCACCCCCAGCAGUUGUACCCCCGCAAACCAUACCUGAAGAACCCGCAAGUAUAACUCUCGAUGUGGCUGAACUGACUGCUAUUCCAACCCCUGCAAACACACCCGCAAGCGAGGAACUAUGCAGGGGCCACGUGAAAGCAGUUCAUAUGGUUCGUCUUCAGUCAAUGAUUAUGCUAUUCGAGAUGAAACACACCCUCCUUAACAAUUUGAGAAGUGAAAUUGGUGAUGGAUUUAUUUACCCGUUUACCAGUAGCCUUGAAAAAAACCAAAAAACGGCGAUACAAGAUCAAAGAAAAGAUGUGGAUGCCAAGUCUAAAACAUACGCCAACGCAGGGCUUACGGAGCCAAAUGGCACAAGUUACUACGCAAGCACAGAAGCCUUAUAUACAGCUUUGAACGCUGCUAAUACCAUGUUGGACAACAUGCACAUCAACAAUGUGCUCUACAUAAAGCAAGCCUGGGGAGAAAAGGACGCUUAUGCCGCUAUGAAGACGUUGAUACAAUUUGACAUUCAACUAUACGCAAAGAAGGUUGAAUUAGCGUACAAAACGGUAUCCGAUAGCGUGAAGCUUCAGACCGACCCCGCGGAAAGCAACGAUGCUCGUUCAAACAUUCUGAAUGCACAUAAAACAAUCCGCAGUGCCGCCACUUAUGUGUCAAGCGUCGGCAACGACGCCCAACAACUGCCGUUGUCGUUUGUUAAAUAUCUCGACGCCAAGAAAGUACAUGAUUCUGCUUUCUCCUAUGCCAGAGGUAUUGUAACUUCUGUCAACACGGCUUGUCAACGACAUAUGCCCACGGAGCGUCGCGAUACCAAUGUCGUGAUCGGGGAUAUUACAGCCGCCAAGGACGCGAAAGAGUACAUGCGGUUGGUGCCGAAGCGCGCUGUUGGUGAUGCUACAACGGUGCAAAGCUGGUUGAAGACCGCUGCAUUUUUCCGCUACAUUUAUGCAUUGGCCGUCAUAAGGAUGUCCAAAACGUGCCACACUCUGGUGGCAUUUUUGGUCACCAAAGUGCCAUCGUCCGAUACGGAGGGAUUCACCAACAUGUACAAUGCCAUUCAGAGGGACGCUUUGGCCUACAUCACUGCCAUGUCCGCGUAUGUCGCUGACGUUGCCAAUGCUCAAAUGAGCACCAAUCACGACAGCGCUGCAGCAACCAUGGUCACGUCAGCUGAAGAGUUUAUUAAACAGUACAUGGAGACUGUCAAGACACUCGUAUCUGCCCUGGGAGACAAUGAUAAGGUUGCCGGUGAAAAUGAAGUUCUACGUGCGGACACUGAAAUCCUGCGCACCGCAGUGGCAUUCCUAGCGCGAAUGAUGCGCCUCUACAAAAUGGAUAUGGUGGACGAUCCCAUGGUAAUGGAGCCUGCACCCUACACCAGUACGAUAUCCAUGCUGGACAGAACCAUUGCAAUGGCUGAUGGCACCAAAGAGUUCGUCGCCGCACGCAUGGCAGCACCAGAUGCGAUGAAAUCCACCAUCCGCAGUAUUAACGUUCUGAAGGAGAUGGUUAAGGAUGCGUUCGACACAACAAUGUCGCACAACGAAGUCUACCGGACAUUCUAUCCACAAGGUAUAGACGAUGCCGACCGCCACAUGAAGAUAUUCAAAGACCUAGAAAGCAUCACCAAUGCACAGGUCUUUUUCGCCCUCAAACCUGAAGAAACAGAAGACAGUGGUAAGGAGAGCUCCGGUUUUGUGUUACCUGGUGCCCUCCUUGCAGCGGCUUCCGCCCUUAUGAUGCUCUAA